AUGUCUCUAUCAAUUCUUUCCUCUCGAAUAUUUACUCGUAUUCAUGGUUUUCGCCACGUGUCUCUUCGUAAUGGCUAUGCAGCGUACUCGAGGGCUUAUACGAGCAGGAAACGAUUCACAGAAGACCAUGAAUGGGUCGAAAUUCAUGGUAACAUUGGUACAGUGGGAAUAACUGAUUACGCUCAGAAAGCGCUGGGUGACGUAGUGUAUGUCGAACUGCCAAAAGUAGGGACGGUAAUAGAAAAAGCAGAUGUUAUCGGUGCAGUGGAAAGUGUAAAGGCUGCAAGUGAUAUUUAUGCGCCUGCGAGUGGAAAGAUUACUAAAGUUAAUGAGAGCUUAUCUGAAAAUCCUGGUUUGAUAAACAAGAGCCCAGAGAAUGAAGCUUGGCUUUGCAAGAUCAAUUUAUCCACUCCUAAGGAAUUGGAUGAGCUAAUGGACGCGAAUGCUUAUGAUGCAUACUGUGCAAAAGGUUGA